GUAAAUGGGUAACCUUUAUGCAUUCAUGCAGGUUAGGUAGUGAGGUUUAUCAAUACUACCGAAAUUAUAACCAAGCCUAAACGCACUCUCGUCAGCCUGGAGGAAGUGGAGACGUAAUCGAGGCAGCAGGACUAGGAUGGCUCUCACUGUGUGGCGUGGUGGUGUGCCACAGCUAACAAGAGCUGUGAGUGGUGCCGUUGUGGUGGCUGCACGAAACAAAAGUGCCACUGCCAGUCCUGCUCCCGUCAAGUACAAGCCUUAUUCACCCUUCCAGAACACCUCUAAUGCUGCUGAGUAUGCAGUUGCCAGACUUGAUGAUUUACUCAAUUGGGGCAGAAAGGGAUCACUGUGGCCCUUGUCCUUUGGGCUUGCAUGCUGUGCUGUGGAGAUGAUGCAAUGUGCUGCAUCUCGAUAUGAUGUGGAUCGGUUUGGUAUUGUGUUCCGUGCUUCCCCCCGCCAGGCUGAUGUUAUCAUUGUGGCAGGAACACUUACCAAUAAGAUGGCACCAGCACUCAGGAAAGUCUAUGAUCAGAUGCCUGAGCCAAGAUGGGUGAUAUCAAUGGGAUCUUGUGCAAAUGGUGGAGGAUAUUAUCACUAUUCUUACUCUGUUGUGCGAGGUUGCGAUCGCAUCCUUCCUGUUGACCUGUAUGUGCCAGGUUGCCCACCCACAGCUGAGGCUCUGCUUUACUCCCUCCUGCAGCUACAGCGCAAAGUAAAGAAUAUGAAAACCUUGCAGAUGUGGUACAGGAAGUAGCAGAAUAAAAUAUUGAUUUGUUAUUAUUACUUAUUGUACAUAGUUUCAGUAUCAUGGAAGGUAUGAGAUGCUCAGUGAAAAUAUUUUCAGCCUAGAUUCAUCCAUGAAUAAUAUUAUAUUAUUUAUAAAGUGACAUGCAGAUUUUGAUUGUGGUUAAAAUACAUGGACUUGUAAUUUAG